CAGGUCAAGGUGAAAUGAGGCAGGAGCCAAAGAGAAGAUCAGCCAGACUGUCUUCUAUGCCUGUGCCUGUUAUACCAGAGUUGAAGCCCAAAAGAUCAUCAACUCCAAGGAAAAUGAAGAUAAAAAAUGAUACAAUGGAAAAAAACACAGAUACAAGUGCCAAAACAAUAGCUGAAACCAAGCAAGAAGUUGUUACAGAAGAAUACAACAAUAAAAAUGCUGAAAAUGGAGAAGCCAAAAUUAGAGAGGCACCAGCUCCUGAAAAAGAACUUGAGAAAGGAAAAGAAGAAAAAGUUGAAGCUGUUGAAGAAGAGGGAGGAGAAAAGAAAGAAGCAGUUUCAGCAGAAGGAAAAGAUGAAAAAGAUCAGAAAGGAGAUGGAGAAGAUCAAGAAGAGAAAGAAGAUGGAAAAGAGGACAAAGAUGAAAAUGGAAAAGAAGAAGAAGACAAAAAAGAGAAAGGAGAUGUAAAACAGGGUGAAGAUGAAAAAGAGGAAGGAGAAGAUAGCAAAGAGGAAGAAGAUAAACAAGAGAAAGGAGGUGAAAAACAGGGUGAGUAUGGCAAGGGGAAAGGAAAAGAUGGCAAAGAAUCUGAAGAUGGAAAAAAUAAAGGAGAAGAUGAAAAACAAGGAGAAAAUAGAAAAGAGAAUGAAGAUGGGAAAGAGGAUGAAGAUGGAAAAGAGGACAAAGGUGGAAAUGAGGAAGAUGGAAAAGAAGACAAAGAUGAAGAAAAAGCAGAAGAAGAUAGAAAAGAACAAAAUGGGAAAGGAGAUGGGAAAAAUGGAAGAGAUGGAAAGGAAGAUGAAAACAAGGCUGAAGUUGGAAAAGAAGUAGUCAAAAAAGAAGAGGUCAAAAAGGAAGAUGGAAAAAAAGAAUCUUAGAGUAUUAUUUAAAGCUGCCCUAUAUAGUUUCUUAAUUUGGUAAUAUGUACCUCCAUGCUGUAAUGUUAAUAGAGAUGAAUAUUUUUAUCAAGUAUUUUAUAAACAGCUUUUCUUUAGUAUCGACUUAAUUUCAGAACAUCUUCAUACUAAUUAUUAGCCACAACAUUCCUAAC